AUGUGCAUUCCAUCAGAGGAACUAGUACAAGCUUCAGCAGGGGUCGUGGAGGUAGAUAUCGGGAAUGCCCAAGUGUUGGGCUCGACACCACCAGUUCCACCUGCAACCUCAGCCCCAGUUGGCACUGCUCCUGCCCGGAACACUCCAGCUCCAGAGCCGGCGACAACUUCUGCUUGUGCCCCUACCCCACCGUUUCAGUGCCUCAAGAGGAGGAUGGAUCCUCUUCUUUGCUUUAUCUUUUCUCCUGAGAAGAGAAGGAAAAAACCUCUAAAUACUUCCCUCGCCGAGAUGAUAUGUGGAUUGCACAUGGAUCUGAGGGAUAUUGGCGCUGAGGAGUAUUAA